UGGCUGGCAAGCUGUUAGUUGAGCGUGGAAUAUAACAUAGCCCACCCCCGCACUGUGUCGCUUCUUUGGACACUGUUUAAAUACCUGGCAGAGAACUCUGCAGCCGGGGCUCUGUUUUCUAUCUUGUGUUGUUCCCCUCUAGCCAUAUCUUUGCUUCACUUCUCUGCGUUGUUAGCCAGCAUCGUGGCGGGGAUCACGUGAGACUUUUCAUUGUUCUGUUACGCGUGUUCUCAGUCUUCCCGAGCACCAGUUCAUCCACGAUGGGUGCGUUCGAAUAUUCUACAGAUGCCGCGUUCAAGGAUAAGCAUGAGUCGAGCGCCGAUGUUAUUGCGGCUGAGGAAGGCGGCAUAGUCACUCAGUCUGAUGGCCAUGAACUUCACCGUGCCCUCAAGGCUCGUCAUAUCACGAUGAUCGCUAUUGGAGGCGCAAUUGGUACAGGUUUGAUCAUCGGGACCGGGUCAGCUCUCCAGAAGGCUGGUCCUGCGUCCAUUCUGAUCUCGUAUUCCAUCGUCGGAAUGGUCGUGUAUAUGGUUAUGUGUGGCCUAGGGGAGAUGGCUGCCUGGUUGCCGCUGGCAUCUGGCUUUACUGGCUAUGCAGUGCGGUUCUGCGACCCGGCUCUAGGGUUUGCCUUGGGUUAUACAUAUUGGUUCAAAUACAUAAUCGUCACGCCGAAUCAAUUAACUGCCGGUGCAUUGGUAAUCAAGUACUGGGACCCCAACGGACGUAUCAAUGCAGGUGUCUGGAUUACUGUAUUUCUCGUGUUGGUCGUGAGCAUCAAUUAUUUUGGGAUCCGAUUCUUUGGCGAGUUUGAGUUCUGGCUCUCGUCUUUCAAAGUCAUUGUCAUCCUGGGGCUGAUUCUGUUGUCCUUCAUCUUGAUGCUCGGUGGUGGCCCGGACCAUGACCGAAAAGGAUUCCGCUAUUGGAAGAAUCCAGGCGCAUUCAACACAUACAUUGACGAUGGGGCAGCAGGUAGAUUCUACGCAUUCUGGGCCACCAUGGUGUCUGCAACUUUCGCCUAUUUGGGUACGGAGUUGGUGGGUGUGACCGUGGGCGAGGCGCAAAACCCACGGAAGACGAUCCCUCGUGCCAUCAAGUUGACAUUUUACCGUAUCGUUGUUUUCUACAUACUCAGUGUACUUCUUGUUGGUACACUAGUCCCGUACAAUUCGCCCGACCUGAUCUUUGCAAAUAAGCAAUCCGGCUCGGCUGCGGCAUCUCCCUUCGUAGUUGCCGUUCAGACUGCAGGCAUCGACGUUCUUCCACACAUUCUCAACGCCUGCAUUCUGUUAUUUGUCUUCUCUGCAGCUAACUCUGAUCUGUACAUCGCAACUAGGACGAUUUAUGGCCUUUCAAAGGAAGGUAAAGCACCCGAAUUCUUAUCGCGAACCAAUAGUCGUGGCGUUCCAGUGUAUGCUUUAGCUCUUUGCUCUGCUAUUGCAUGUAUUGCCUACAUGAACGUCACCAACGACUCGAAAACUGUGUUCAGUUACUUCGUGGACUUAGUCACCGUGUUUGGCCUUCUCAGUUGGAUUUCUCUAUUGGUCACGCACAUCUACUUCGUUCGGGCGCGCAAAGCGCAAAAGGUGCCGGAGAGCGAGCUUGCCUAUAAAGCGCCCUUUGGGGUCGCCGGCUCGUACUGCGCACUCGCGUUUUGCAUUAUUAUCUGCCUGACCAAGAGCUAUGAUGUUUUCACGGUCCACUUCAACUACAAGAAGUUCAUCACUGGGUAUCUGGGCAUUCCGCUAUAUCUGAUCCUCAUCUUCGGGUAUAAGAUUGCGACCAGAUGCAAAACAGUCAAGCCGCACGAGGCCGAUUUGUGGAGCGGGAAGGAUGCAGUGGAUCGCGAGGAGGCCGCGUUUCUGGCACGCAAGGCCACGCAUGAGGAGAAGCAUGCCGGGGCGAAUUGGUUCUAUCGCAACUUUGUAUCGUGGCUGUUCUGAGAAUCUCCUUGGGAUGGGUUUCUAUGGCUUGAUGCAUUGGCCGUAGGGUAGACAGCAAUCGGUGUAUCAAAAACAAUCAAACAAUCAAUCAAUAAUUUGACGCUAGAUUCACUCAUCCAUGCACUAUCCCCAAGUGGGAAGAGCCUUCCGGGCGCUAAGACGGGUCCGGAGUGGGCCGCCACGCGAAAGUCAUCUCCAACACAGGAUUGGCUGGUC